AUGACACACUGCAAUAAGCUUUCUGAAGUUUGUUAUAACCCCAAGAUCACGGCUUGGCGUUUCAGAGUCAAAAUACACAAUAUCUACCCUUUCUAUUUCUAUCUUACCAGCAGUGGACCUUUCUAUACCUAUGUCCUAGUAGAUAAAGAGGGAACCAAAAUGGAGAUGACCAUUUAUGGGGAUUAUGAUAGGUUUAGAGGACUAGAGAAGCAAGAGGGAAAAUGGAUGAAAAUCUUCCGGGUAGAAGUUAACUGUUCCCUUUCAGGUUACCAGGAAACUAACUCUCGGUUCUAUCUAAAUGCUACACUCUGUUCGCAAGUCCACAUCAUCGAUCCUCGGAAAAAUCGGCUUUUCAUGGACUUCAAGAACAUCCAUGCAAUCCCUCACAUGAACCACACGGACCAAAACUAUCUCAUAGGUAUGAAUCUAACAAUAAGAAAAGAGGAAUAUGGUGAGUUUUUAAGCUGUCCACGUCAGUCUGGAAAUUCAGCCUAUCAGCUUUAA